GACGCACCGACCUAACGGACAGAAACCGCAGCAGCAUCCUUUGUUUUCUGGACCUGGAUAUCCAGCUGUGUAGCUGCAGUAAAGCUAGCAGGUCAUUUGGUGGGACUCCAGCUCCCACUGAGUGACCAUCUGGACCACUGAGCUUCUGCAUACACAGACACUACAGUGAGUCAGUGAUGGAAAACCAAUCACUGUACAGCCAAGUGAUGAUGUCAGGAAGUAAAAGGAGUAGAUAUGCAGCUGUGACACCCACUGCCCACCUGCAGCACCUGGAGGAGAAGGGGGAGGCGUCGAGUUCCAACAGCCAAAAGCUUGAAGCAUACAAGUAGUCAGUUGGACAGCUGGCCCAGACAAACUGAUAGUGUGGCAAACUGAAGGGAGAGCUGAAGCGAGGGUGGAGAGGCGGCAGGGCUUUCCUUUCCAACCAUCCUUUGCUUUUCCUUCGGCCCUGUGGAAGCACUCAUCCACACCACUGCACUGGAAGUCACUCAUCAGUCUUUUUCCUCUUUUCAUUGUGUCACUACACUCAUUCGCUCUCUUUCUAUCCACCUAACUGUCCAUCUUGCUUCAUGAAUAGGACACUGGAACCUAAGGACUACAAGCCCUUAGAUACCUCUCAGUAAAGACCAGUGAAAUCAGCUUUAAGUUGUAAAGCUGCUAACAGAGGUCAUCCUCCUAUCCUACUCAGGCAAUGCAGUACUAUAUUUGAAUACACUCCUUAACUAGUCCCCCAUCCCAAAGUCUGGCUCAGUCCCGCAGGGUCCCACAGGCAAUGAGACAGGCCAGGGGUUUUAUCUCUUUCUAGACUUUCUUUUCUUCACCUUUUGUCUUCAUGUUUUGGGGGUCCACUGGUACCCCCGCCCUCUGUCAACCCCCCUGCACCCGCUGCCACCACGGCCGGCCACCCCAGUCGCCUCGUUGCAAUGCCGACAGAGACACUGGCUCCAGCCCUGCCAGAUAGCAAGGCCGCUGGCCCUGCUACACCCUUCAGUUCCACUGUACCCCUCCGGAUCCUCAAUAAGGGCCCUGACUACUUCAGGAGACAGGUGGAACCUAACCCAAAGCGCCUCAGUGCUGUGGAGAGACUAGAAGCUGACAAGGCCAAGUAUGUCAAGAGUCAGGAAGUUAUCAACGCCAAACAGGAGCCAAUCAAACCACCCGUGCUGGCCAAGCCUCCUGUUGGUCACCCCCUCCUGUCCAAGAGAGGUUCUGGGAUUGGUGGAGGAGGAAAUGGAGGCGGGAUACCUUUCAAAGCAUCCAAUAAUAAUGCCAAGUCAGACACAUGUGCAACGAGCAGCGCCAGCAGCAAACGGGAGAAUUUAAACCUGGAGAUUUUAAAAAAUCUACUGAACUCAUCGUCCUCUUCAGGAGCAGAAGGACGAGGAGGUGGGGCUAAGAGUGCUGUGCUGAUGAGGUCAUCAGGGGGAAUUCCCAGGAGUUGGACACCAUCAGGGAUGCCACUAACCUACCGAUCUACAAUGACACUUAAUGAGCAACCGCCAGACUCAGCUCCGAGUCCGAGCACCUCACACUCCCUCCGAUCCUUCUCCCAUUCUCUGAAGGUCCCUCCUAUCAACAAUGGGGGACGCCGCAGUCCCCAACAGAGAGGAAACCUCAACCUAAGCAGGCGAGUCCUUGACGAGAGAGGAGGUGAAGGUGGAGUUAUUGAACGAUCUCGCUCCCCACUACCACCUCUGCUCACCUCCCACUCCUCCUCCGACCUCCUGCGACUGUGCAAUGGCAAGCCCCUCCGCACAGCCCGAUCGAGUAGCUCCUCAGCUCCACCCCUCCCUCCGAAACCCAACCCUGCCUCGCUCCCUCCGCCGGCACUUUCCUUGUCACUGCCUCCCCCUCGUCCAUCUCUAUCCCCUUCUCCCUGUGACAACACCACCCCUCAGUCACUACCUUGUGAUUUAGGAGACCCUUCCAAAAUUUCAAGCGAUCCCAACGUGGAGCUAGAGCUUGGUUCAUCGGUGGCUCGACGCUCGUCGCUACACAGAUCUAAAUCAGACCUGUCAGACCGGUAUGCCCGGGCUGGAGCUGACGUGGAACGCUUUUUUAACUACUGCGGCCUUGAUCCCGAAGAGUUGGAGGCAGUCGGUCCAGAGAACUUUGCCCGGGCUAACUCUGAUAUCGUCAGCCUGAACUUCAGAUCCGCCUCCAUGAUCUCCUCCGACUGCGACCGGUCACGGCGAUCCUCCAAUGACGGACUGUCAGAUGCGGAGGAGGACGAGGAAGAGGAGGCAGGGGAGCGCGUUCCUUAUGGCAUCUCAGCUGUGGAGCGAAAUGCAAGAGUCAUUAAGUGGCUCUACAGUAUCAAACAGGCGAGAGAGACGCAAAAAGUCUCCCAUGUUUAGGACAAGCACUACAAAGGAUUGGAUGCACUGUCGACAGACUGCUCCAUGUUUCAGAACUGAUACAUCACUCAGAAUUUCUCACAGGUGUAAAGAUUGAUGUUUUGGGUCUGAACUGAAAAUCUGACAAGUGUUAGGAUGGAUGAAUGAAUGGAUGGAAGAGAAAAUCUGACGGGUCUAACACAAGCUUGGUAAGAAAACAGACAACAAUUUAUUUUGAAGUGAUGAAGAAAUAAGGAGAAAGACUAUAAUCCUCCCAGGUUUUUUACAAUGGGAAUCAAAGAGCUUAAAGGAAUAAAACUUGGACAGUCACAUGAACAAAAUGUUCUGUCUGGAGAGACAAACAAACAUGGGACAUAUAUGAUAACUAUAUAGUUAAUACAAUGCUUCUCUAUGGACACUGUAUAAUUCUGACGGACAAAGUCUGUCAAUCUGCUUGAGCAACAAGAGCAAAAUGCACUAUGAUUGUCCAUGGACCAUAAAUUGACCGCCUCAUGACAGAGGGUCGUAGGCCUUCCUCAAAGAGAACCUUUUGGCAUGUCAAACAAAGAUUUGACUAACAAUUUAUUAAAGUGUAGCCUGGUUUCAGACUUCAGAAUCAUCACCCCCAAUGUGCUAAUGAUAGCUGUUUCCCCAGCAGAAUAGAGUUGACUAAUCAAAGCAUUGUAAAUGGAAUUGGAAAUGAGGAUUUCAUUUUUCUACAUAGCUUGGAUGCUACCUCGCUACAUCUGUAAAAUAGAAAUGAAAAGAAAGUUGUUUAACUCUGUAACUCCAACUUCCAUUUUGCCUUCUUCGGAAGCAGCAGGACACAGUUUUGUUGGCAGAGAAAGCAAUUACAUCUUAAUUUACUGACGGAUCAGGCAGUUCAGUUAACUAGUGCCACGUGCAAAAGUACAAGCCAUAGCUUGUUGCACAUAUAGUAUAAAUAUUUAAUUAAAAAAAUAUAAAUGUAUUUCCUACAAUUCAAUGGUACUCAGAAUUUUAAAUGAAAAGAUGAAUUCUGUCACUAUCUGCUCACCUCUAUGGUGAUGGAAAGGCUGAUUUUAUUGCGGAUGAGCUGUUUGGAAUUAGUCCCCAUUUACUUAAGUUGUUUAGGAGAACGCUGCUAUGGUGUUUUACGAAACUUCACCCAGCCUUCUGUUGUCUUGGGGGUGAGUGGAUAAUCACUGAUUUUUCAUUUUUGGGUGAACUUUUCCUUCAGCUCUUCGUAGCAGGUAGUACCAUAGCUUGUGUGAAAACCUGAUUGGUCAGGGCAAAACAAAAAGAAAUUAAUUUCUCACUCCUGUCCCUGCUAAAAUGGUAAUUCAGUCUAAUGUUUAGACGUACAGUAUUUAGGUGUGCUAGUGCCAGGUACCAUUGACAUUACUUGAUCUACCUGUGCCUUUUCUGCAAUGACAAGUCAAAAUGUGCACUUUGAGAAAGGCCUAUGUGACAGUGUUGUCUGUUUAAAGAAACUUUAAAACAGAUACUGAACUCUAUCUGUCAAAAACUAGAAAUCACUUUGGAAAGUCAGAGAUGCUGGUACACUGUGCAACCGCAAUUAAGUCAGCUCAGUGAAGUUCCUUGAUGAUGGAGUAAUUGUUCAUUUCAGCACCAAGUUAUGGCUCACAAAGGUAAGGCUAUGAAAUUAUGGUGUUAACUAUGAUAUUGCAAAAUGUUGAGAAGCUCAUGACACAAGUGGUGAUAAGCUAGUCUUCACUGAGCUUUAGCGCUUCUUAAGCUAUAUAUUGUAGUUGCUAAAUGAAGGCCUUGAAGGAAUGUGUGAUGAAUGAGUGAUGAGGAAAAAAGGACAAUGACCGAUUUGGACAGAUGCACACAACAUAUAGAAUAUAAUCUCUUGAGCAUAUUAUCCAUACAGCAUUAAGGCUACACUAUCAUAUCAUUAUGCUGAUCGACAAAUUUGUCAUCAACCUGUUCAUGUUAACCAACAAAACAUUUCACUUGAGAGUUUUAGUGUUCUGUGAUGGGAUGUAGUCAUUCAGAGGCUGUUCAAUUCCAGUAAACUACUGGUAAUUUAGGGGAUUUUCUAGAAUAAAUUAAAUUUGCUCAAAAGGUUAAAAAUACAAAAUGUUCUUUAAGGCUUAAUAGAUCUCUUGGGGUCAAAUUGCACAUAACUGUUUUCCUUAAAUUGAGCUUUUGGGCUGUUAAAUUUGGUCUAGUUUAGAGUGUUUUCAUCCUAACCUGAUCCUGCUGCUGACCUAUUAACUACACCAAAUCUGCUGCAUGAAUUUGUGAGAGUAGAACUCUGUUAUUAGUAUUAAUUACUAUUUAUCAGAUCCAUGUACCAUUUUAAAAGGUCCACAUAACAGAAUCUAGCCUCCAUAAGAGAUUUCUGAGGUCAAAUUCAACCUCAUGGAAGAACCAUCAUGCUAUUCAGUUUGUAUUUAAAGAGGUAAGUGAAAAUUAGCCCUCAUGUUUAACAUAAGCACUUCCCACUCAACACUCAAUGUUUCAUCUCUUUCUUUCCCUUUGUUAAACAAUUGUAUUGAAGGAGCAAUUUGUACAUUAUGGCCAGUAUUUCUUUUGUUUAAAACAUUCAGCAGUAGUAGCUGUAGUUUCAGCCGGAAGAUACAGUGGUGGUCAAAAGUUUGCAUCCACUUGUAAAGAAAUUGUAUAUUAUGGCAGUCUUUAGUUCCAAUUAUUUCUGCUGCUCUGGUGUUUCUGUGAUGGGUGAUGAGUGAUACACGAACUACUUCAUCACAAAAACAUCCAUUAUAUUUGGCUAAAUGUCUCUUGACCAUUUUCACCUCAGCUAGGUCUUUUGCUAGCCCCACCUUGUUUCCUCCAAACAUAUUGACACUCAUUGAGGUCAAACGACUCCAUUUUUGUUUCAUCUGACCCGGUUACAUCUCCUUAUUAGAACAUUAAACAGACCACAACUAAGAGAGCACUAUGCAUUGUGUUCUGUCUUUUGUGCUUACCAAAUGAGCCAAACUACAGGUAUUAAACUUUUACACGUUUUACAAGUGUAAUCCACACCCACACACAGACCUGUGGGAAAAUUAAAAGUAGGCCUACCAGAAAAUGCCUGAGUAUGCUACAUGAGUCAUGAGUUGUACACAAAUAGAAGUAGCCAUAAAAUUAACAAUGCCUCAAACAUUUCCCAGCUGGAAAUUACAGGACACCAAAACUCUCCUUUCAAAACAAUGUUUAUUACAAAUCUGUGAUUAUGUAGAUCACCAGGCACUAUAAACCUACACUGAAAGCAAUACUAAUGAAGUUGUCUGUUCACUAUUACAUGACAUUUUACAGAUCAUUAUAGCAUAGGAAGGUGGAAGAAAGACUGUGUUCAUUUUAUGUCAGCGUUCUCUCCAAAUGCCACUUCAGAUUUAGGGUGUUUAAUGUUGUUUAUACUGUACUUGGCAUCUUACAAUCACACACAGAAGAUUUAGGCUGCGUUCAUGAUGAAACGCCUAGUCGAUGCCUCAUCGCUGCUUUCUGUCUUGCCGCCUCCCUGUCUGUUGUCAAAGCCAGCCACAGGAAGAAGCCUGUUGCUUUACCCCUGUGUGUUCCCUGAUGAUGAGGUCAGAUGCAUCACAUAGUUCACCUCCACUCUUAUCUUUGUCAUCUGUCUGCACAUCGUUGACAUGUCUCAAGGCCUGAAGCCAUAUGGGUGUGAAUGCAGCGCCUCAGUCAGUGUCUAGCAACUGUCGGUGUGUCUGUCGGCUCCACCACCUUGCUUCCCCCUCCUUACAUCUGGGGUGCAGUUCUGCUUCUACUACAGCAACAACCCUGCUGGGCUCACUUCACUUCCCUGCACAAUUAGUGAUAUUGACAGCAUAGAAGCGUGAACAUCUGAGCUAACUGUAGUCUCCUAAAUUAAGACAUAUGGUUUGAAAUGUAUAUGGUGACAAGGGUUGUCUGUACAUCAGAAGAAUAUGUUAUUUGGCAGUAUAACUUUCAAAAACAGACGAUCCAACAGUGGAAGCCAUUUCACAUGGUGAUUGGUUAAGUGUUUUAAGGGUCUGGAAGCAGCCUUUGAACUUCUCUUUAAACCAUCUUUUCAUUCUUUGCACAACUAUCACAUCACUUUUUAUCUGCACAACCAAUGAAUGCCUUUGAGGAGAGACAGUCUGAAAGUGUGCCAUUAUCUCCAGCAGGUCUUUUCCAUUAUGACCUAUCACCUUAAGCUUUCCAAUACCUCAGCCUGCAAGAACCUGUAAGGUCUAGGGUCUAGGCUUCCAUUGUGUUGUAUGAAGAAGAACAUUUCAGGUUUAUGUCAUCAUUUUUUUUUUUACAGUUUGCCAUUUUUCUUCACUGCUAGGUAGAAGAGAAUACCUAGUUCAGUUCUGCGGUCAUUUGAAGUAACUGAAACUGUCCAUUAUGUGUAAUACAAUCCUCCUGCCCAUGUUGGCCAUGAACUUAUCCCUUACUAAUAUUUCCAUUUUUACAUCAAAAUUAGAGUGUAUAUGUAGGUUGAAAUGCAGGUAAACCUGCUAAAAUGGACAACUUAAGUUUGCCUUUCUAUUUUUUUUUCUGGUGUUUCAUGUUUGACGUCACCAACAUGCCCAGAAACUUCUUUUCCAUCUGUGUUUAGGGUUGCACAGCACAGUAAUUGCUAACAGUUUUAAACGCAACACACAGCUUGAGCAGAGAUGGAUGGAAAAGUAUGUUACCUUCAUUUCAACACAGAUCAGAGCAUCGCAUUAGAAAAGGAGAGUAUAUUAACACGUCUGACCAGGUGUGUUCCAUCCCCGCUGAUCCGAGCUGGAGCCAAUAAACACCUGUGACUACUGCAGAGACAUUUGACCAUGAAUGAAUGUUGAUGUACUGAUGGAUUAAAGACAAAGCCAGGUGUGGGUGUUAGUCGGUCUUUUGUCCAGGGGCAAAGGGGUAUAUGACCCCACAAUCAUUGAUCGACCUUAUCUUCAGAUUAAGCUAACACGAUGUUUCAGCAGUCUAGAUUAGCUCAAUCACUGCAUUCCAUCGUCGUGUAAGUAAUGUCUUGGUUACUUUAACAAGCAAAUGCUGUGCAUAGAAAAAACAAAGGGAAUAUGGUCCAAAGCAAAAGAACAUUUGAAAUAUGCUUGCUUGAUAUGGCUAUGUCAUUGUCCCACACAGUGUAGUCAUGACAAGUUAUUAUUUUAUCGCCAGUACUGACAGGAGGAGUAGUCACAGGGACUACUGUAUCAAGACAUCUUAAACCAGGCCUCGACAUGACACACAGUUAUUACCAACCUGCUGCCAGUGCUCAUGAAUCUAACAUGUCUGAGCAAACAAGCAUUAUGGAAGUUAUAGUUUCAAUGUUUGAUGCUUCCUAAGUCAACCAAAAUGAAAGUGAAGUGACCUCAGUUCAGAGACCCUCCCCCCGAGCAUGUUCCUGUCUAGUACCCUGAUCUGUCAUUCCCAUGUGUCUUCUCCCCUUUGGAUCCCAGGAAACCCUGUUGCUUCUUACAGUCAGCAUUAACAAUAUUGUACUGUUCUGGCAGCAUCAUCAUGCUUCAGUUUCACUUCUGUCUACAUGGUGUGGUUUUUUUUUUUGUUUUUUUUUGUUUUUUGUUUUUAUCUUUGAUUGACAGAUAGAGUUCUUCUGUGGUAUUUUUUUCAUUGUUUCUUCUAUGUGUAAAUGCUGUAAGAAAAAUGUAUAUAUUUGAUUUAUAAAAAGGCAAUAUGUUGGAUUUCAGUUUUUCUCUGUCUGAAGGUUUAUGCGUUACAAAAGCUGAACACAAAAUGCUGUUUUGUUCUUUGCCCUCAGUACAGAACUGCCUGAUCAAACUUGGCAGGAUUGUUUCAGAGACUUAGUGUUGACUGUUUUUCGACGUGGAAACUGUUAUAUUUUGCUUGAUUGAAAAAAAAAGUGUUCAUGUUUAGUUUCUUUUGAUUAUUUCAAUAAAUGGCUUCUUUUGCCAUCUCUUGCCA